AUGCGUAAGGACGUCUUUGAUGUCCUAGUAGCCCUGCAGGGCCAGCACCCUGAGAUGGAUGCGGAGAGUGAAAGGUUGCUCGAUCGGUCUAUCAAGGAAGGCAAACGUAAUGGCCUUCAUCUGGAUGAGGCUACUAGGGAGGAAAUUGAGAAGAUAAAGAAGAGAAUGUCCGAGCUCUCUAUCAAGUUCAGUAAAAAUCUCGGCGAGGAAAAUACUAUACUGGAGUUCAGUAAGGAGGAGUUGGAAGGCAUGCCCGACGAUUUCCUCGAGACCUUGGAUAAAACAGAGUCCGGCAAAUACAAGGUUACACUAAAGUACCCCCAUUACAUCCCCAUAGCCAAGAAGUGCAAGGUCCGUGAGACCAGGAGAAAAAUGGACUUCGCCUUCAACAAUCGUUGUGCUGAUGAAAAUACGGAGAUCCUUGCUGAGCUCGUGAAGCUGAGGAAGGAGAGGGCUGGAAUCUUGGGGUUUCCUUCGCAUGCUGAUUUUGCCACUGAGCUUAAAAUGGCCAAGAAUGCGCCAACGGUCAGAGACUUCCUCCACGGUAUUGAGGAUAAAGUGAAGCCCCGUGGUGAGAGCGACAUGAAACUUUUGAAGGAACUUCGUAAGGAGGACAAUGUAGG